UUGGUAGAGCUUGGAUGGCCUUGGACGCGUGCUCUGUGAUUGGUUAGUCGUCCCGGCAUGUCCACGUGCUUGCAGAAUGUGAAUGUUGUGGAUAACCAGUAAAAAGUCCCUCAUCUCAUCCCAUGGCUUACAAUUUUUCUAAUCUGAGCUUCUUUGCCAUUUUAUUCAACACCAAACUAUCAGAACUCGAGCUCUGGGAGGGCGACCGCCUGCGUGGAGGCUGUCCUGUCCUGACACCUAGCGGUCUUAUUUUGUACUAACCGUUGCCGGUUUGCGGCCGCCGCAGCUGUGACGAGCGCUGCGCUGCGGAGUCGGACGGCGGAGGGGGCGGUCGAUCUGCGCUGUUGGUUCUUGUGUUGAAAGUGCUGUGCUUAUAGCCUUUGGAAUCAUUUGAGACCUUUUUACAAGUCAGGAACUUACGAAGGCCCGCGAUGGCUCUCCCUCGUCUGGCCGCGAGGUUGAUGUGGUCGCAGACCAGGCGGCUAUCUUCUUUGUCAACGUCAGCGGCUCUCCGAGUCCAACGGCCUGUGACUCUGCCACUAGUGUGUGUGGCGCAGCAGCGGCUCCAGUACUCUACCGGCCAGAAGCCGCCGGUGCCGCCCUCCUCCAAACCGCGGCCGUCCUCCUCCUCCUCGUCCUCCUCCUCCAGUGACUCCGACUCCUCAGACUCCGACUCCGAUGAGGAGAUCGACGGACGCAAGCCGUUCGGAAAGAGGGGGACGUCACCGAUCUGGCAGAAGAAGAUGCGCACGUACCACCGCGUAAUGGACGUCAACAAGGACGGCACCGUCAGCUGGGACGACUUCAAGGACAUGGCCAGGAAGUUCGCCGAGAUCGGACACCUGGACGAACAGCAGCAGCAGGAGUUCAUCCAGCAGCUCAAGUACGUAUGGGAGAACAACUGGGGCGCGUCCGACGACCCGUACUGCUUCAUCACCGAGGAGGCGCUGCUCACCUCCAUGGAGCACGUGGUCAACACCAAGGACCUGGCCAAAAAGACCGACAAGUUCCUCCCCUACCUGUUCAAGGCGGUGGACUAUAACGCCAGCGGCGACAUUUCCGUGGACGAGUACAAACUGCUCUUCAAGUGCCUCGGCCUCUCGGAGGAGGACGCGGUCGUGUCGUUCAACUCGAUUGACGUCAACGGUGACGGCACCAUCACCCUGGACGAGUUCGUGGCGCACGGCAAGGACUUCUUCCUCACCGAGGACGAGGCGCGGCCGUCCAAGUUUUUCUGGGGCCCUCUGGUGGCCUGAGCGGGCCGGCCGCCACCUACCUGUGAUCGGCCGCAGCUGAGUGUGGGGCUGGGCCGGGGUCGCUGCCGGCGCCGCGGCCGCCGCUGCGGGACCGCCGGACGCCGCGCGCGGCCCGAAUGGACGCGGUACUUUGCCGCUGGUGAGUGACGGCGCGGCCGCUCCGCUGUACGCCCGGUUUUGAAAUAUGUGGCUGUUAUGGAUGCCGAGUGGUCUAACCCACACAGUGAAUAUUCCGACGACGUUUUCUGUCUGGUUGGUCAGGGAUCCAUCCAAUUAUAUGUGGCAAGUUUUGAUUUUUGUUCUUUUCACUAUGAUCUGGGCAUCCGAUGAUAAGCGGUGCCUUCGUCUAACGCUGGCUAUUUCGAUCGUCUAUUUUUCAUAUCGUAUUUCAUGACGCUGGCCAAUCGAGAUCCGGGUUAACGGGCUCACGCUUUGAAGACUUUAUUUUCCUGUACGUUAUCUCGUUACCUCGGAUCCACAAUAAGUUUCGCACUUCCACAUUUACCUCGCUCCAGACAAUAGUUUGACGCGUCCUCUCGCAGUCAGUUAUCCAAUGUCCAUCCGCGGAUAGGCGUCGUAGCGUAGUGCGCUGUCCUGCCCGGGGCCGGUUCGAUCGCAGGUGCCUUAUAACUCGUCGGCAGGGGCUGAGAGAGUGUUUCAGAGAUGUGUCUCCUGUACGUGUGUCUGUGUGUGGGUGUGAGUGCUGUCCGGGGCGGCCGGCGGACGGGGCCUCCGCCGGCGUGUGGCGGGCAGAGGCCGACCGUCGGGGCAGGCCCGGGCCCGUGUGUGGGCCUCCUCUGGGGACAAGACGCCCGGACGGCGGCAGUGGGUGUAGAAAUAUACAUACUUUCACAGAA